GCGGGGGAUGUCCUCCCGGUAUAUAUACGAGCGGGACGUCGGCGGCUCUAUGUCCUCGCGAACGCGCACAUCUCGGAAGGAAACAUGAAGCUCGUGGCAAUCUUGGCUCUGGUAGGCGCCGUGUGCGCAGUGCCCGUCAAGGACACGGCGGAGGUGGCGAAGGCCAAGUCCGACUUCCAGGCCGCCUUCGACCGCGCCGCCGCCGCCGCCGAGGCCGCCCCCGACUUCGACCUGGACGGCGCCCUCUCCACCUACAGCGGCUACCUCUCCACCAUCAACGGAAAGCUCUCGCCCUUCUUCACUAACUCCUACCCCUACGGAGCCUUCGGCCUCCACGCCCCUGUCGUCGCUGGCGCCCCUCUCGCCUACAGUGGCCUCCAUGGUUUGCCCGGCGCCCCUCUCGCCUACAGUGGCCUCCAUGGUUUGCCCGGCGCCCCUCUCGCUUACAGCGGCCUCCACGGCUUCCCCGGCGCCUACGGCUUCCCCGGCGCCUACGGCUUCCCCGGCGUCGUCGGGUCCCCCUUCGUGCAGGUCGUCAAGGCCGAGUAGACCGGACUCGGGCAGGCUCGUGCUUCCGAGUGGGAGGUUCUGCGCGGACAUCGCCUUCGCACUUUGGAACUCCUUCAGAAACCCUCUUCGACUCAGUCUCUAAAGAAUUUCGUCGCACUAAAUAAAAUUGAAAAAGUAUAACUUCAAAAUAUAUUUCAGAAUCAUAAAA